CGGCAGGCAUUGGGGCGUGUCCGGUCGACCUUAAGAGCGUACAACGUCCCAAACAGACGCCACUGCCACGGCCACCACACCUCGCAGCACCGUCUUAAGUUUUCAGAUUUGAGGGUUGUUCAACACAAACCACCAUGCCUGACACCGCGCUGCGGUGCUUUGACAUCACCUUUGAGAACAACAUGGACGUGUUCCAGGCCGGCCAGAUCGUCAAGGGACAGGUCCAGAUAGAGCUAAGUGAGGACAUGAAGAUGAGAAUGGUAGAAGCCGGUAUCCAAGUCGUGAUGAAGGGCGAGGCGUCGUGCAAAUGGCUGGACAGCGUGUCCAAGAACGAAACCGUCACCUUCGUGUCCAGGGAAAUCUACUUCCAGAACGCGCAGAUCCUCUGGGCUCCGAGCCAGGAAAAGACCAACUACAACCCCGUGCUACCGGCGGGGAAACACACGUUCCCGUUCCAGUACCAACUCCCUGGCUCCGGGCUGCCGACAUCGUUUGAAACUACCUUCGGGCGCGUGCGCUACUCUGCCGAGGCCAUCAUAGACCAGCCUCGCGGGACGCCCGACAAGAAAUUCAAGAGAAUUUUCACCGUGCUGGACACGUAUGAUCUUAACCAGGACCCGAACGCAACGACACCAUCGAUCGCCAAGGGCUCAAAGACGCUCGGCAUGUUGAUGUUUACGUCCGACCCGAUUGAGGUGAACGUCCAAACGGACCGGGGUGCGUACUGUCCGGGAGAAGUCAUCAGACUCGGCGGGACUAUAAACAACGGCAGCGGGACAGACAUCCGACACACAACCGUGCAGCUCAUACAGACGGCUACGUGUAUUGCCACCGGCCAGCGCUGGGGGGCGGGCAACGAGACUAGGACAAAGACCGAGAGCAAAACGCUAAACGAAGUGAAGACCAUGGCAGGCUGCAAAGCCAAGGGUACGGCCGACCUGAGUGCUGCUGGGAUAGCUCUUCCCAUUCCGGCCGUCCCUCCCUCCGUGAGACGAUACUGCGGCAUCGUAGGUGUUGAGUACACGGUUAAGUUUAUCGUGAACAUCCCAGGGUUGCACAAGAACCUGGAAGUGUACCUGCCCAUCACUAUCGGUGUUAUCCCGCUCAGGAGUUACUAUCCAACCGCCCCUUCAUUUCCCUCAGCGCCGGUAGAAGAGCCGCCGCAGUACGCAGAAGGACCACCUCCUCCUUACUAUGCGGUCGCGACACCUUCGAAGAUCGAGAAAGACCAGGAAGACAAGGGCACGGACUGCAUGGGCCCCAAGGAGUUCGCCCCCAAGUACGCCUACUACGACUGGCAUGGGAAGCAACCUUAACUGCUGUUCUAACCUAAACUUUGAAAUCACAUUGUGCCUUCCUUUUACAACGUUUAAAAGCGACUACCAUUUGCAUCAUACCCGAAUUUUUUUCAGGUACCUAGCAUUGUGAAAGAGCGCAAGUUAAGAGUAUAGUAUGCUGUACGCGACUCUUGCUACAAUUUUUACAGAUUCAUUUAAACGUGGUCUUAAUAUGUACAAAUGUAUAUCAAUUGUUGAUACAUGAGUAUUUUAUGUAUUUAUGCAUCAAUAUAUAAUUAGUUUGAUGUAUAAAUGUACAAGUAUCGAAUUGACAAUAUUCUUACUAUAAAUUCCUAUAUUCUAAUGAGGAUAUGCAUUCAUCAAUAAAAGUGUGCCGAUUGGAAAUAUGUGGGUUAAGCAAAAGGUGCCAAACCAGUGUAGCAUACAACACAACAAUGCAUUUUGCAAACGUAGUUAGUGUAAUAAGAUAGUUCUGUAAUUUCCUCCUCAUUAAAGUGUUA